GCUUAAAUACCUUUCUAGGUGAAACAUAGGAGCUGAGGAUGAGAAGGGCAGUUGAUUGAUUUUACUAUGGUAAUGAUGCUUUACAACGGACACUUUAAAAGGGAAGGAUCCAGCCAAGGGCUAGGCCAUUUUGGCUAGUAAAGGUAAGGUAAAGGUAAAGGAUUUUGGCCUAAGGGGAGAAACCAUUGGGACAAAAGAGAUACUUAACAUCUGAUGGGAUUAGCCAUUCCCACUUAAACUACUUUAAGGUCUAUUGUUAGUCUGAGACUGAUGAAAUAGGACUUUCCCUCAGGGAGGAACUCUCAUUCGACUAGGUGAAAGCCUCAGGUUUAAAUCUUUCUAGGCUACAAGUUUGGGGGCUUCUUGAUUCCAUGUUGACAUAUAAUUCAAAAUUGUUUUACAAGAAUAGUUGAGUCAAUUCACAGCCCCACAAAGGGCGUAGUAAUAUCUUUGUCCUAUCCUGCCAACAAUUGCUAUUUUUUCCUUUGCCAUUUGUUGAUCUGAUGGUUAUAAGGUGGAACCUCAGAAUUAUCUUAAUUUUGUCUAAUCAUUAAUGAUUUAAAACAUUUUUAUACAAUAGCAUAUAUUUCAUAGUUCAAGAGAUUUCAAUUCAUAUUCCCAAUUUGACCUCUUUUCUAUUGAAAACUGGAUCUUAUUUUUAUAUAUUGGUAUGAAUAUUGUGUACAUCUUGGAUAUUAGUUCCUUAGAGAAAUUUGCUAUGAAGGUUUUUCUUCUGUUGUUUCCCCUCUGAUUCUAAUUACUUAUUUUUCCUGUUUGGAAGUUUUUCAAUUUAAUAGAAUUAAAUUGCCUUUUCCAGGAAGAAGGGAAGGAAACCUGGAAACUUUAAGCUUUAAGGUCUUUAAGAUCAGUGUGGGGUGGUUGAAGAACUGGUUGGAAGGUGGAGUGGAAGGAUGGGCAAGAAAGGGGAAGAACAGGUGCGGUAUCAUGUCUUCCAUCUUAUUUCGAAUUUAUGAAUGGCUUUUAGCACGACUCCUUUUUGGACCACAGCCUGAUUUCUUUCAGGCCAACAGUGGGAUUUCAUUCAAGCCUCCAAGCCGGCACCCAAUCCUGGUAUUUUUGGGAAACUCUUUUUUUGGGGGGUGGGUGGGGUGGACAGAACUCUUAAGAGCCCCAGGAGUACUAAGCAAGAGUAGAAAGUAGGCUUUAGCAUUUAAUUGAACUUGGUUACUUUCCCUUUAAAUAUAACCUUCUUUAGUCCUCCAAAUUCCCAAGCACCACUCUCCUUCCUAGCACCACAACACAGUUACCCAGAGUUAACCAUAUUUCCCACAAGUCUAAGCGGCACAUUCCGUAAUUUCCCCAAUUUGGGUACUACAGGUCCCGAGAUACUCCGGUACAUAACUAGCGAUCACUGCUAUGUUCUUUGGGAAUUGUAGUCCCGCCGGAGACGCCAAGGCACAGGAAACUACUUACCCCAGGUUCCCCCGCGCCGAAGGCGGGUUCUGCUCUGCGCCUAACCCUCACCUCAGACUCCACCUCCCGCCGUGCCCCGCGCCGAAUCACUGGAGACGACGAAGGAGACUUUCGCCAAGGUGGACGCUGGGAGCUGUAGUACUGGAGCGGUGAGGCGAGGGGGAGGCGGAGUGACUCGGCGGCCAUUACCUGUGUGGAGCUGCCCGGGACCGGGAGCCCUAGCGAAGAGGGAGGCCUUGGUCGGGUGGGAACGCAACUGCGGCCAUGGGCUCCCGCCGAGGCUAGGCGUCGGAGAGUGGAGCAGGCGGGUCCUUCCGCCCCCUCUCCCGCCUCGUCUCGCGGUGGGGCCCGCUAGGCCUCUGUGCAUCCCCGGCCUCGAUUAGGCCGCUCCUUCCGGCAAGGGCGCCCCAGAGGCGGGCGGGCAGCGCUAUGUCUCUAGUCGCCUAUGCUAGCAGCGAAGAGAGCGAGCCGGACGAGGCGGAGCCUGAGGAGGAGGCGUCCGCCACGGCUCCGGCCGCUGGACCCAGCCUGGGGGGCCUCUUCGCCUCCCUCCCCCCGCCCAAGGGGCCUGCCCUGCUGCCCCCACCACCUCAACUGCUGCCCCCAGCCUUUCCCCCGCCGUUGCUGCUGCCCCCGCCGCCGGCCGGAGACCCCCGGCUGCAGCCCCCGCCCCCGCUGCCCUUCGGUCUCGGCGGCUUUCCUCCGCCGCCGGGUCUUAGUCUGGCCGAGGCUGCAGGGGUAGGCGAGGGGCUAGGGCUGGGGCUGCCCUUGCCACGGGCCCCGGGCCUCAGCCUGCCCCCUCCUGUCGGCGGUGCCGGGCCCCCUCUGGGGCUUCCCAAGCCAAAGAAGAGGACGACGGAGCCGGUGCGGAUCGCGGCGCCGGAGCUGCACCAGGGGGAUUCAGAUUCAGAGGAAGAGGAACCUACAAAGAAGAAAACUGUCCUUCAGGGAUCUGGUGAAGGGACAGGUUUAUCAGCUUUGCUUCCCCAACCCAAAAACCUGACCACAAAAGAGACUAACCGAUUGCUCCUGCCCUAUGCUUUCUCUCGAAAACCCACCGAUGGCUCUGCUGACACCAAGCUCUCCAAACCAGCCCCCAAGACCAAAUCUGCUUCUUCUAUUUCCUCUUCUACCCCUGUUGUGGGUGCCACCACUACUACCCCAUCACCCUCAGCCAUCAAAGCAGCUGCCAAGAGUGCUGCUCUACAGGUGACAAAGCAGAUCACUCAAGAGGAGGAUGACAGUGAUGAGGAAGUAGCCCCUGAGAACUUCUUCUCCCUUCCAGACAAGGCUGAGCCUCCUGGAGCUGAGCCAUAUCCUUACCCUGUCCCUGUUGCCUCUGAAGAGCCACCCCCAGGCACAGAGCCAGAUCCCACCUUCCAGGACGAUGCAGCCAAUGCUCCCCUUGAAUUCAAGAUGGUGGCUGGCUCAAGUGGGGCUCCUUGGGUGCCUAAGCCUGGGGAGGACUACAGCAGUCAGCCCUAUAACCAGUUCCCUACAUAUGGUGACGCUAAUGCCACUGGCGUUUACUAUCAGGAUUAUUAUAGUAGUGGCUACUACCCUGAAUCUGAUCCAGCCUUAGCUCCCUCCCAGGAGAUUACCCCAGACGCCUCUUUCAUUGAUGACGAAGCGUUCAAGCGGCUUCAGGGCAAGAGGAACCGAGGAAGGGAGGAGAUUAACUUUGUAGAGAUCAAAGGGGAUGACCAGCUCAGUGGGGCCCAGCAGUGGAUGACCAAGUCCUUGACAGAAGAAAAAACCAUGAAGUCAUUCAGCAAGAAGAAAGGUGAACAGCCAACAGGUCAGCAGAGGCGAAAACACCAAAUCACAUAUCUUAUUCACCAGGCUAAGGAGCGAGAAUUGGAGCUGAAGAAUACCUGGUCAGAGAACAAGCUCAGCCGUCGGCAGACCCAAGCCAAAUAUGGAUUCUAGGCUUCUGGAACUGAUGAUUUCCUCAAGGAUCCCAUCUUCCCCUUUACCCAGUACCAGGUGGCCUGGACUUGCCCUUCCUAGCUAACACCUUUGGGGCUCCCAGCAGUUUCAAGUCCAGGACCUUCUUCCCUAAGGGCCCCAGCCAUCACUUUCUUGAGAAUGAACACAUUGGAUUUCAUUUUCUUAAUAAAACUUAGAAAAUGCAGCUUCCAUCUCUCUUGGGGCCAGCAAAGACUCUGUGACUCUUCCAGAAAACAACUUUUGAAUUCUAGAUUGGGAACUUGGCUCCCUAACAGGGUGAGAUGACUGGUUGAAUUCUGGAUUUUGUUUUUGUUUUUGUUUUUUGUUUUUGUUUUUUAAACAAAAACAAAGAUAUCUGUUGAAAUAAAACAUCCAUCCUGACAGAA